CUUUUCUCAACGGUGGCUCAGUGUGUUUGUGCUGAUGGUGUUUGCUUUUGGCCUUUGACAACGUUAGCAGUUACAAUGUUAAUUGCGGCAGCUUAGUUGCAGGCCACAGGAAAACAAGAACAACAAAGGCCAGAACGGACCACUUAAACCGGAAAUAGACUAUUAAACGUUCACACACACACAUACAUAUAAAGUCAUCACAUGGUGCGAAAGCCAAGCAGCUAAACAACAAACGGCGCUCUCUUUCUCUCUGCUGUUGCUGCUGCUGCUGCUCUCUCUCAAGGUCGUCGGCUCAACACAGAAGACGCCAAGCAACGAACUCCACUCCACCCGCAACAAGAGGCAACUCGAGCAGCAACACGAUACAACACGCAACUGCAACGACGACGCAACACGGAACACACGGCAAUAGCCAUUUGCCAUCCAUCAGCCAGCGAGCAGAUUCAGAUACUUUUUAACUUUCGACGCGAAUGCAAGUGAGGUAAAUUGAGCGCUCAAAAGUAGGCAACACUUAAGUCUAACGGUGAACGGUGAACAGUGAACAAGCGGAAACGGAAGUGAACUCUCGUUGGCGCGCGCACUUUAUUGAACUUGAAAACGCUCAUCUGAAAGCAGCCAGCGAUCAGCAACUCAAAACAGGCAGAUAACAUAUCGAAGAGAACCACAGAUCUGAAAAAACGAACAAUAUUUAUCUACGCGCGCGUUGUAAUAAAAAAGAGUUAAAGUGCAUUUCCUAAAUAUUCCAACCUUUUUAACUCCGUUUGUUGCAUUGGAUCAACGAUCGCCGUUGACGGUGGAUUCCUCCUGCCCCAAACGGAAAAAAUGCGAUAUGGAUCGAGAGCGCGAAAGAGAUGUCAAGGCUCUGGAGCCACGCGACUUGUCCUCCACGGGCCGCAUUUACGCCAGAAGCGACAUUAAAAUCAGCUCCUCGCCCACCGUCUCGCCAACGAUCUCAAACUCCUCUUCGCCCACACCGACGCCACCCGCCAGUUCCUCAGUGACGCCGCUGGGUCUGCCGGGAGCGGUGGCAGCUGCAGCCGCCGCGGCCGUCGGAGGAGCCUCCUCGGCGGGGGCCAGUUCCUAUUUGCACGGCAACCACAAGCCCAUCACCGGCAUCCCCUGUGUGGCCGCCGCCUCCCGCUACACGGCCCCCGUUCACAUCGACGUCGGCGGGACCAUCUACACCAGCUCCCUGGAGACGCUCACCAAGUAUCCGGAGUCGAAGCUGGCCAAGCUGUUCAACGGCCAGAUACCCAUCGUGCUGGACUCGCUGAAGCAGCACUAUUUCAUCGAUCGCGACGGGGGCAUGUUCCGCCACAUUCUGAACUUUAUGAGAAACUCAAGACUUCUGAUUGCCGAGGACUUUCCGGACCUGGAGCUGCUGCUGGAGGAGGCCCGCUACUACGAGGUGGAGCCGAUGAUUAAGCAGCUGGAGAGCAUGCGCAAGGAUCGCGUUCGCAACGGCAACUAUUUGGUGGCGCCACCCACUCCACCGGCUCGCCACAUCAAGACGAGCCCGAGGACCAGCGCAUCGCCGGAGUGCAAUUACGAGGUAGUGGCGCUGCACAUCUCGCCGGACCUCGGCGAGCGCAUAAUGCUGUCGGCGGAACGGGCUCUGCUCGACGAGCUCUUCCCGGAGGCCAGCCAGGCGACACAGUCGAGUCGCAGCGGCGUGUCCUGGAACCAGGGCGACUGGGGGCAAAUCAUCCGCUUCCCCCUCAACGGCUACUGCAAGCUGAACUCGGUGCAGGUGCUCACCCGACUGCUCAACGCCGGCUUCACCAUCGAGGCCAGCGUUGGGGGCCAGCAGUUCUCCGAGUAUCUGCUGGCACGACGCGUUCCAAUGUGAUAGGCUCUGGCUAGGGAUUCCCCAGCUCCCCAGGAAGUGGCAGUUGCAGCUCCACCUGCACCCGCAUCGGCAUCUGCUUCUGCAUCUGCUCCCUUGGUUCCGGUGGCUUCUGUUUCCGGUUCCGGUUCGAGUUCGGGUUC